AUGAAAAAAAAUCCAUACAAAUAUGCUGUAAAUAAUGACCAUAGAUAUUUAAUUAAGCUCCCUCCUUAUAAAUUUUUUAAAACAGAUGCAGUAUAUAAAGGAUAAUGGUUAAACGGGAAAAGAUAAGGCCGUGGAUUAUAAUUUUGGGUAGAUGGAUCAAUAUAUUAAGGAGAAUGGGAAGAUGAUAUGGCUAAUGGAAAUGGAAGAUUGAUUCAUUGCGAUGGAGAUUUUUAUUAAGGAUAAUGGCUAAAAGACAGAGCUUAAGGAUUUGGGAUUUUCAUUCAUUAAGACGGAUAAAAAUAUGAAGGAGAAUGGCUAGAAGAUAAAUAACAUGGAUACGGAAAAGAAGAAAAUUACGAUUUUAUUUAUGAAGGUCAGUUUUGUUAUGGGAAAAAACAUGGAAAAGGUAAACUUAUAUGGAAAGAAGAUGGGUCUUAUUAUGAAGGUGAAUUCCAAGAUGGAGUUGUAUAAGGAGAAGGGGUACAUUUUUUUAAAAACGGAAGUAAAUAUGAAGGAUAAUGGGUUAAUUAUAAAAUGUAAGGAUUUGGUAAAUUUUAAAAUACUAAUGGAAAGAUAUAUACAGGGAAUUUUAAAAACGGAGUUAAAUGUGGAUAUGGAGAAAUGGUUUAUCCUGACGGAAAAAUUUAUAAAGGAGAAUGGAAAGACAAUAAAUAAAAUGGACAAGGAUUAGUUAUUUUAUAAGAUGGAAGAACUGGAAAAGGAAUUUGGAAAGACGGAAAAAUUAUAAAUGAAGAGUUUUGA